CCACCAGCUGUUUCGGCUGGAUAACACGCAAUACAACGCACUAGAUAUUGAACUUCUGCGGUCUAUAGCUCUGAGCUAGGGUUGUAUUGAAGACAUCUUUGAAUCCGUGUCCAGUCGUUUGGCCUGGUGUUCAAGUCAUGUUUUGGCGAAUCGUCUCCCGAGCCAAUGUGAUGGAUCGAUUUCGUGAUACAGACGAACCCUGGGCUCUUGUCACCGGAGCUUCAGAUGGAAUCGGGAAAUCACUUUGCAAAGUUCUUGCUAGAAGAGGCUUCAACAUAAUUUUGCACGGACGAGAUCCAGCAAAGCUCUCCUCAUGCUGUGACGAGUUACUCGUGCUCGCACCAAAGGGGAAGUUCGAAUUCGUCGAAGCCGACGCUACUCAGCCGGCACUUGUACAAAACGUCGUCGAAACAGUUUCAAAUAAGCCUCUCACAGUCCUGAUAAACAAUGUCGGAUACACUACCGGACCCGUUCAGCCUCUGCUCACCAUUGAUCCCGCAGAGAUACAGCGAGGGAUCGACACAGGUGUUACUUGGACUGCGCAGCUCACACGAGCCCUCCUGCCGCUCUUGGUACAGCACAAGCCGUCCUUGAUAAUCUAUCUCGGAAGUUACGCUGCAACUCACCCUCCGCCUUUCAUCGCGCUCUACACAGGUACCAAGGGCUUCGUCCAGACUUUCUCUGAAUCCUUGCGGCGCGAGAUGCGUGUCAUAGGCCACAAAGAAGUCGAAGUGCAAUACCAUGAAGUGUACUUCUCCGCGACAAAAUCCAAUGGUGCUCCGGAGAAUCUCGCUACACCAUCCCCUGAUCGCAUGGCCGAAGCGAUUAUCAGCGCAGUUGGCAGUUACAAAGGCCAUGUGAUCCCAUACUGGGUUCAUGAACUACUGAGCUGGGUGUUUCUCCUUGUUCCAGAGUGGCUGAUCGCCCGCAUUUCUGGAACCGUUCUGGCUAAGAAAAGGACUGAUAUCGGGCCGAGUCAGUAG